GCAAUUACACAUAAAUUAUGAUAUGCUUCUCCAAUAACGGCAUUUGAACAUUGCACCACCCCCUUCAGAUGCGACGCCGUUGCGCCGCAGUCUGUCAGAAAAACACAAUAAUCUCAACAAGAACCCCCCACAAAAAAAAAAAUAAAAAACCCAAAAUAUAUAUACAUAAUAUACACGUAGUUGCAGGUGGAAAUUAAACGGAGAUUUUCGAAAAUUGAAGAAGAAAACAAGAACAGAGGGGUUGGGGGUUGGGAGGUGGGGUGAGGGGUAAAGGGGUAUUAUGUGGGGGAGGGUGGGGGCAAUUGAGAAUUGUCUCCUUCUCCGAAAAAUUUUCUUCUUUGAAAUAAAUACAAUCAUAUUACUUACUUAUAUCAAAACAAAAUAUAUAUACAUAAUAUAAAUACUAUAUAUAUAGCCAUUCGCAUUAUCCCCAGUUACCCAUUUUUUGGUCUAGAAAAUUCCUUGUUUUCAAUCAAGAAAUGGCCUCUAAACCCCUCUACUUUACUUGGGUAUAAUCAAGAUUUUUCCUUUUUUGGUUUUGUUGUUGACAAAAAAGGUGUUAGGUUCUAUUUGUUAUGGGUUCUUGUAGUGUCGGGCUUUUUCGGGUUGUUGAAAUGGAGAACCGUUGGGAUUUUGUGAAUCCUGAUCCUUCACAAGUUAAAGAGGAUUGUUGGGUUGUUGGUGAGGAAGCUGUACAGGAAGUUGUGAAUUGUGUUCAUCCAACUCUUGAUACUGAGGAAAAGAGGAAAGAUGUUGUUGAUUAUGUGCAGAGACUUAUUAGAUGCUCUCUUGGAUGCGAGGUUUUCUCAUAUGGAUCAGUGCCACUGAAGACCUACCUUCCUGACGGUGACAUUGAUUUGACUGUUUUUAGCAGUCCUAUCAUUGAAGAAACAUUAGCUCGCGAUGUUCUCGCUGUUCUGCAGGAAGAAGAGCUAAAGGAAAAUACUGAGUAUGAUGUCAAGGAUCCCCAAUUUAUUGAUGCUGAGGUUAAGCUCGUGAAAUGUAUUGUACAAAAUAUUGUGAUAGAUAUAUCCGUUAAUCAGUUAGGAGGACUUUGCACGCUUUGUUUCCUUGAGCAGGUAGAUCGCAUUGUUGGUAAAAAUCAUCUUUUCAAACGUAGCAUUAUUUUGAUAAAGGCUUGGUGCUAUUAUGAAAGUCGUGUUCUUGGUGCACAUCAUGGUCUGAUUUCUACAUAUGCUUUGGAAAUACUGGUCUUAUUUAUAUUCCAGUUGUUCCAUUCAUCGUUGAAUGGUCCUCUAUCGGUUCUCUAUAGAUUUUUGGAUUACUACUGCAAAUUCGAUUGGGACAACUAUUGUAUUAGUUUGAAUGGUCCAGUACGCAAAUCAUCCCUUCCUGCGAUAUUUGUUGAGAUGCCAGAUUAUAUAACCAAGAAGUUGUUGCUUAGUGAGGAGUUCUUAAGGGACAGUAUGGAAAUGUUCUCAGUUCCACCAAGGGGUCUUGAGACGGACACACGACCAUUUCAACAAAAGUAUCUAAAUAUUAUUGACCCCUUGAAGGAAAAUAAUAACCUUGGGCGUAGUGUCAGCAAAGGUAAUCUCUAUCGAAUACAAAGAGCUUUUAAGUAUGGGGCCCGGAAACUUGGCGAGAUUCUUUUGUCACCAUCCGACAAAGUUGCCGAUGAGAUCAAGAAUUUCUUUGCAAACACUAUUGAGAGGCAUAUACUCAAUCAUGUGGCUGAUUUACAAUAUUCCAGCCUAAUUUUAGGUGAUGAAGACACAUGUUCUUCAUUAUCCCCUGCUGAAUUUUAUGCCAAUGCUAGAAUGCUUCUGAAAUCCUCAGAUGGUGAUUUUGAGAAUGAUAGCCUGAAAAAGGUAUUUAAAUCAAUAUCGAAUGAGUCGUCGAGUAAUUUGAUGAAUGGAGUUCCUUCAGAUAUGGUGUCAGAAAAUGCGUCCUUUUCAGAUGGUGCAGCAGUUUCAGGAUUCUGUCCAUACAGGGAUGCAAAUGAUUCUUCUGCUUCCGUACCUCUAAAUCUCGAUGUUGCAAAUGGAACAUAUGACUAUUGUUCUAAUGGAACUUCCAUGAGUUCUCUUUCUUGGAAGCAUUACUAUGCUCCUCCAUUUCAUUUCAAUAAAUCAUGUGUUGAAACUGGGAACUGUGCUGAGAAUUUGUGCCAACGUGACCUAUCUGAUUCUGGUUUGUGGGUGGAGACAACAGAGUGCCCUCAGGAGAGCAGCAACAUUUACCAAGCAGGUGCAGAUUAUAGUGAGGAUGUCUGGUCUGGUGGUUCAGCAAUCUCGAGUCCAAAGACCAGUAUUUUAGAAAGUUUAACUCUCAACAUAGAGGAAAGGGACACGGCGAGCGCAGCUGGAGAUAUUGAAUCUAUGAAUCCUUUGGUGGACUUAAGUGGGGACUAUGAUAGCCAUAUACGGAGUUUGCUCUAUGGCCAGUGUUGCUAUGGGUUUGUCCUGUCAGCGCCCGUACUGAAUAGUCCAUCAUCACCACCUCCAUCUCAAAACAUAACCUAUUGGAAUACUGUCCGACAAUCAAUGCCAUUAAGACAGAACUCAUUUUGGCAAACAUAUGGGAAUGUUAUGCUUGUGGAACCAGCUGCUCAACCUUCUGGCAAUGCUCUACCUUCUACUGCUACUUUAGGUUCUGAAGAGAAAGAAAAGGCACAAGGAACUGGCACCUACUUUCCGAAUGCGGAAUAUCGUCAGGAGAGACGUUUUAAAGGACGGACUAGGAGUAAGGCACCAGGAAGUCAUGGUCAGUUGCAUUUGAAGUCAAAUCAUUCAGAGAAGUGUACAGAGGAGAUUUCAGCUGUAAAAUCUUCUGUUCAAGGUCGUGAAAAGUUAGCCAUACCUAGCCAAUCUGAUAACUUCCUCGAAGAUUCUCGUGCCAAUGCUUUCUCGAAUUCAUCAUGUGUAAUUGAAUUUGGAUCUUUGGGUAAUCUUUCUGAGGGUGUGCUUUCACGCACUUCUCGUGAUGUGCUCCUGAAUCCAAGUGUCCCGCAACAAUCGCAGCUUUCAAAACCUGCAUGUAGUAAGCAGGGAAGGGCUGCAGUGCCUUUGUUGGGGCUGAAGAACGAAGAUGAGUUCCCUCCUCUGUCAUUGCGGAAGGUUUAGGAUUUUCAACUUGUCUGAAGACUGAAAAGGAAUUUUACAGUAAAAACUAACAAAAACAGUUACUUUAGGCAGAUAUCAGGUAAAAGAGAAACUUCUAGACGGUAAAUCCGAGUAUGUCCUUUUUUUCUAUGUUGCUCAGACUCUUCCAAAAUUUCAAUGGGUGCGUGUUGGAUUCACCAAAACUAGUAUAUGUUUGGAGAAUCCGACACUGGUGCGGCAUCAAGUGUGAAGAGUCCCCGCAACUUAUCUUUUUUUUUUUUUUUUCUUUUUUGGAGAACCUUUUUGCUAGCAGGAGAGUACAACUACAGCUUAGUUUGAACCUAGUUGAGGCCGACUAUGUGAACGUAGUGUAACAUAGAUAUGCAUGUUGUACAGUAUCUUUGGCAGCACUUCGUUGUUGCUGCAUUGGCUGUGAUGCUGUAGUUCUCGAGUUACCAACAAUGCAAAUUUGGUUCCUGUUAGCUUCUAAUCAUUUUGGGUA